AUGGCUUCAUCUUCUUUACAGCGGUUCUUCGAUGCGGUUGCCACCCUGAUCGGAGAAGAGAACAUCUCCCGCACUCCCAGCCAUGGCGCACUGCAAGGCCCGCAUGGGCAACACUCGUAUGCGGAUCCCUUUGCCCUGCAUGCCAAACAUGAUCCCAGCGGUGCAGUCCGUCCAAAGGAGGUCCCCGAGGUUCAGGAGAUCUUGCGGCUGGCCAAUGCCCACCUUGUUCACUUGUGGACGGUUUCACGGGGCAAGAAUCUAGGGUACGGAGGCGCUGCUCCGGUCGAGAAAGGCUGCGUAGUCCUGGAUCUUCACCGCAUGAACCGAAUCAUCGAGAUCAACGAGGAGUCCGCCUAUGCGAUUGUAGAACCCGGCGUCUCGUUCUUUGAUCUUUACCAUGAGAUCAAGAAGCGAGGGUUGAACUUGUGGCCUUCUGUCCCGGCCAUUGGUUGGGGGUCUGUUCUCGGGAAUACGCUCGAUCGUGGGUUUGGCUACACGCCGCAGGGGGAGCAUUCCCAGUCCCAGUGUGGGAUGGAGGUGGUCCUGCCGACUGGCGAGCUCAUCCGAACGGGGAUGGGGGCGAUGAAAGAUAGUGCUCUGUUUCCGCUCUUCAAGGGUGGCUAUGGUCCCAGUGUGGACGGCCUGUUCUAUCAGUCAAAUCUGGGAGUCGUUACCAAGAUCGGCAUGCAUAUUACCCCGGCCCCGGAGGCCUACGCCACCGUCGAAGUCAGCGUCCCACAGGAAUCUGAUUUGGUUCCGCUGGUGGGCAUUUUGUCGGAUCUCAUGCGCCGCUCGGUGAUCCUAAACUCCCCGUCGAUCGCCAAUAUCUUCCGCAUUGCGCUUACUUCGCAGAAUCCGGAGGUGCUCGCAGAGAUGAAGAAGUACAUGAACCCGGGGAGUUGCGUCCCAUACAGUGCACUGGAGGAGAUCCGCACGAGACAGGGGUGGGGGUUCUGGAAAGCCUAUUUCUCCUUGUACGCACCGGUGGAAGUGCUGCCGGGGCUGCUGAAGACGAUCCAGCGAGCGUUCAGUGUCAUCCCGGGGGCGACGGUCAUCAACUCGGAUGAGGUGGGAUUCGAGGAAGUCCCUCACAGCGGAAUCCCGACUCUGGCCCCUUUGGAAAGCCUCAACAGUCGGCAGCAGGGCAGUGGCCAUGUGUGCUUCUCGCCCAUCCUGCCCCCCUCGGGCCGCGAGCUGUACGACUGGUACUUGACGGCCAAGCAGCGAACCAUCGACGCCCAAUUCGACUUCUUCGCCGACUUCCACGUCUACCCCCGUUACGUGCUCGCCAUCGAGCUCGUGGUGUAUGCCCCCCACGAAGAACAGUCAAUGGACCGGCUCUUCCGCCAUCUGCUGCAGGACGCGGCCGCCCAGGGUUACACCGAGUACCGCACCCACGUCGAAUACAUGGACGAGGUCGCAUCUCAUUUCGAUUUCAACGGGGGUGCCUUGCGCCGAUUCACCACCCUGCUGAAGGAUACUCUCGAUCCGGUAGGGGUCUUGUCUCCGGGCAAGUCUGGGAUCUGGAAUUCUGAUAGAAUCGACCCACACGGUUGA